AUGACGGUCGUGGCCGACGCGAAGAUUCACAUCCCGAAUCAAUCGUCAGACAUCGUAAUCAACAAGACUGACGCACUCCACAUACCUUUAACCGACACUUCCUACGGAUAUGCAGUGAUAAACGAUCUGCUUUCCGUCCCAGUAGGGCUGACGGAUACUCUGAAGUCCCAGAACAUAACCACGUUUCAGAGUAGCGCCAGCACGUCUAAUGUUCUCGACACCCUCACGGGGCAACACGGUGUCACCGUGUUGGUACCAACCGAUACCGCAUUUGCCAACGCCAAUGCUACGCUGAGCCGGCUCAACACCACACAACUAGCUGGUGUACUCAGUAGUCACGUCCUCAACGGCACCUUCUACUCAACAUCCUUGGGGGCCGCCCAGUUCAACAUGGCAGGCCAGAGCCUCUCGUUCAACGGCAACUCCGUAUCCCUGCCAGGCGGGAACACCGCGAAGAUCGUCACGUCAGACGUCUUGACCGCUAACGGCGUAGUGCAUGUCAUCGAUACAGUCCUCUUGAAUGAUAGGCUGAAGGCGUCUCUCAAGAAAUACAACGCUUCUGGGGGUAUCAGGGAAAGCAAGUGGACUGCGGCGUUACUGUCGCUCCUCUUGUGCAUGUGCAUGAUCGCCCAGUGA